GUUGAGGUGUGAGGAGGAGGAGACAGUGACAGGUUCUGUGGUUCAUGAGAGACGUUUAACGCCAUCAGAGGACAAACUCACAGCUGAAGACGCUGCUGUGACACAGCCACUGGAUGCUAGUGUCCUUUUCAUGAGUCAGCACAUUUAAAUGCCACCGCGUUUGACUGUGAGACGACAGGUGUCCUCGCUGACAGCUGACAUGACGCUGCAGAGGAAGAAGAAGAAGACGUGGGGGCGUGGCCUGCUGCUCUGCUGCCUCCUGCUGUGGGUGAGCGGAGGCGGAGUUUCAGGCGUGAACCUGCGGCGCUUCGUCGGCUGCGCCGUCAGAGAGUUCACUUUCCUCGCCAAGAAACCAGGCUGCAAGGCCAUGCACGUCACCACUGACGCCUGCUGGGGGCGCUGCGAGACCUGGGAGAAGCCUGUGGUUGAUCGUCCGUACGUACAGUCUCAUCAGACUGUUUGUACCUAUAAUGAAAGUAAACUGAUCACAGUCAAACUUCAGUGUCAGUCUGACGUCGACCCGUCCUACACUUACCCUGAAGCUCUGACGUGUCACUGCGGUGUGUGUGUGACCAGGACCACCGAGUGUCUGACCUUUGUCUGACCUUUGUCUGACCUUUGUCUGACCUCCACACACACACAC